AUGAAGGCCCGAACCGGGGCAGGGGCAGGGGCAGAAGAGGGAGUCUUGCACUUGCUCUUUGUGGCUAAAGCCCCAGCUUGCAGCCGGUCACAAGAGAAGAUGCUGGCUCAGUUCCAGGAAAAUAUUCGGGAUGUGCUGCCUGCCCUACCCAAUCCUGAUGACCACUUCUUCCUGUGCUAGCUCCAAGCUUGGAGCUUUGACCUGCAGGAAUCAGAGUCCACGCUUUGGAAGCACUUGGAGUUCUGGAAGCAACAAGACCCGGACAACAUCCUUGUGUGGCAGCCCCCAGAGGUGGUCAGGCUGUUCCGUGCCACUGGCAUCUGCAGCCAUGACCAAGAGGGCAGCCUCAUCUGGGACCUCAUCAUCAGAGGCCUGGACACCAAGGGCUUCCUCCUCUCAACCUCCAAACAGGAGCUGUUCAGGGACAAGUUCUGGAGCUGCAAGCUGCUCCUUUGGGCCUGUGAACAGCAGAAUCAAGAGCUGGGGAAGAAGGUGGACAAAAUCUUCACCGUUCUUGAUUUUGAGGGGCUGGAUCUGAGGCAUCUGUGGAAGCCAGGAGUUGAGUUCACCCAGGAGCUCACCCCUUUCCAGUAUCUGCCCUUCUGCAAGGAGCCCUUGGGUCUCCUGCUGCUGUUUCCUCUGGGAGCGAUCCCCAAACUGUUCCACAUGGCCUUCAACCUGAUCAAGUCCUACAUGAGUGAGCAGACAAGCAGGAAGGUGGUGACUCUGGGAGACAAUUGGAAGGAAGAGUUGCUGAAGUUCAUCAGCCCUGACCAGCUAUCUGCAGAGUUUGGGGGAAAAAUGACUGACCUCAAUGGCAACCCCAAGUGCCUGACCAAGCUUCACUCUCAAAUCAACUACGGAGGUGAGGUGCCCAAGAGCUACUACCUAUGCAACAAGGUGAAGAUGUGAUAGGAGCACACCAUGCCUGUGGGCCAAGGCUCCUCCCUACAGGCAGAGAACACUAUCCUGUUCCCGGGCUGUAUGCUCAGGUGGCAGUUCUCAUCAGACUGUGGUAGGGAGAACAUCAGCUUUGGGAUCUUCCUAAAGGCUAAGAUGAGGGAGAGGCAGGGUGGGGGCGAGAUGGCAGAGGUGCUGCCCAGCCAGCACUACGAUGGUUGCAUGGUGCCUGAGGACGGAAGCCUCACCUGCCUCAAGUCAGGUGUCUACGUACUGAGUUUCGACAACACGUACAGCCUGGUUCAUUCCAAACACAUUAGCUACACUUUGGAAGUCCUGUUCACAGACCAAACCUUUGUGGAGAAGAUUGAGAAAUUCUAGGGUGAGCCUGUGGCCCCAGUGCCCUCUUCUUUGAUCUCUGGGUCCACAAUGAGUUCAUGGUCUUCCCUGGCCUGACCUCUCAAGGACAGGGAUUCUAUAACAACGAGCACAGCCUGUCUGCUCCUCAGGAACUGCCUGGACAGUGACCCAGUGGUCACCACAAAGCAACAC